AUGGUCACUCCGUGCAGGAGCGCGCAUGACGGCGAUGACCCUAGCCCGACGGACGAUUGCAUCAAGCAUUUCGACGGCCUUUUCAAAGAGAUCUUGGGAUCAACGCUCCCUGAAAAGAACGCCGACAAGCUGGACAAGGUGUGCGAGGCGGUCGAGAUGGGCGGCGACGCCUCAAAGGUCAUGGGCUUCGAGGCGCAGCUGCUGCAGCACGCCCUCGAGACGCUGGAGGGCGACAUCCCGUGCGAGGGCAGGUUCCGCCGCCCGGAGAAUUGUGUGGAGAGCUUCGAGUACGAGGGUAAGCAGAAAAGCGGCUGUGUGUCGGAUGCAUUCCUGUUCGAGGACAUCAAAGCCCCAUGGUGCUCGUGGAAGAAGAAGAUGGACGGCGGGGCCGACUGGGACGGGCCGUGGAGCUUCUGCGUGAGGUGCACCGAGAAGAAGCCGGACAGGCCGGACGACGGAGGGGACGUUGAUCCAGAGGGGCCAGGGCCAGACGUGGACGAAGACGACGGAGUGACAGCCGUCAAGGCCCUCUGCAGCCUCGAGGAGACGGAUGACAUCCCAGACCUGGACCCCAGCAUGAAGGAGACCAUGAAACAGAUCAGAGCCCUCUGCAAAAAGGGGGGCGGUACGCUCGACACGACGAAGGUCACGGGCAGUCAGCGCCCCCUCGAGCUGCUGGUGAAGGCCCAGGGCCCGCUGCAGACCGACGUGUCCCUCUUCGCCCUGCUGGACAGCGAGAAGGAGGGCCGCCACGCCGAC